GUUGAAGGAGGAAAUUUCUGCUUGUCUCAGGCCGAAUACAUGAAGCUAUGGUAACAUGCCUAAAUGAGGAUAAUGAAAGCGUUACAGUUGAGUGGAUUGAAAAUGGUGACACUAAAGGAAAAGAGAUUGACUUGGAAAGUAUAUUUUCACUUAACCCGGAUCUUGCUCCUGAAGAUGAUGAUCCCAGCCCAGAGACCCCACCACCUCCAACGCCUUCAGCUAAAGUAAACAAAAUUGUGAAGAAUCGGAGAACUGUAGCUCCUUCUAAAAUUGAAGCUCCUACUAGAGACAACAGAGUGGCUGGUUCUGCGCGUGCGCGGCCUACUCAACUUCCUGAACAGUCUUCCUCUACACAACAGAAUGGUAGUGUUUCAGAUAUAUCUCCAGUUCAAGCUGCAAAAAAGGAAUUUGGACCCCCUUCACGUAGAAAAUCUAAUUGUGUGAAAGAGGUUGAAAAACUGCAAGAAAAACGUGAGAAAAGAAGAUUGCAACAGCAGGAACUAAGAGAGAAACGGGCUCAGGAUGUUGAUGCUACAAACCCAAAUUAUGAAAUUAUGUAUAUGAUUAGAGAUUUCCGGGGAAGCCUGGAUUAUAGACCACUGACAACUGCGGAUCCUAUUGAUGAACACAGGAUAUGUGUUUGUGUUCGAAAGCGACCACUCAAUAAAAAAGAAACUGUAAUGAAAGACCUUGAUGUAAUAACAAUCCCUAGCAAAGAUGUCGUGAUGGUACAUGAACCUAAACAAAAAGUAGAUUUAACAAGGUACUUAGAAAACCAAACUUUCCGCUUUGACUAUGCCUUCGAUGACAGCGCUCCUAAUGAAAUGGUCUACAGGUUUACUGCAAGGCCUUUAGUAGAGACCAUAUUUGAAAGAGGAAUGGCAACGUGUUUUGCUUACGGACAAACAGGCAGUGGGAAAACUCAUACUAUGGGUGGUGACUUUUCAGGAAAGAACCAAGACUGUUCAAAAGGAAUUUAUGCACUAGCAGCUAGAGAUGUCUUUUUAAUGUUGAAGAAACCAAACUAUAAGAAACUAGAACUUCAAGUAUAUGCAACAUUUUUUGAGAUUUAUAGUGGAAAGGUUUUUGACUUAUUGAACAGGAAGACCAAGUUAAGAGUUCUAGAAGAUGGUAAACAGCAAGUCCAGGUGGUGGGAUUACAUGAGCGAGAGGUUAAAUGUGUUGAAGAUGUACUAAAGCUCAUUGAAAUAGGCAACAGUUGCAGAACAUCUGGUCAGACGUCUGCAAAUGCACACUCAUCUCGGAGCCAUGCAGUGUUUCAGAUCAUCCUCAGGAGAAAAGGAAAACUGCAUGGUAAAUUUUCAUUGAUUGACUUGGCUGGCAAUGAACGGGGAGCUGAUACUUCCAGUGCAGACAGGCAAACACGACUGGAAGGUGCCGAAAUUAACAAGAGCCUUUUAGCACUCAAGGUAAAUAAAAUAUCUUUAAUUAUGUUAGAGCUAAUGAAAGCGCUCUAAGCUUUCCUUGUUGAAGUAAAUGUUUACAAUUCUGUAAGCAGUAUUUUCACCUUUGAUUUAGUACAUGUUAUUCACAUUUAAAUGCCCACACAUACGAAGCCAA